CCCGACGACUGGCGGACCGACUUCUCGCUCGCCGGCUUCGGCGCCCUCGGCGCCCUCCUCGGUCCACGCCGCCUAGCCGGACCCUCGCGCCCCGAUUCUCCACCCCCAGACACCGCAUACACCCUCAACCGCCACGUCGCCUACCACCCCGCCGCGCCGCCCAUGCACCUCGACCUCCGCCAGCCCCCGGACGCGGUCCGCUUCCACGCCGCCAACCUCGCCGCCUCGCACCACCGCGGCGCGCACUGGCUCGCGCUCCCGUUCUCCGACCCGCCCAUGCGCAGCGCGCGCCUCGUCCACCCGCGCCUCCCGUGGCUCGUCGACGUCCCGCGCCACGACGGCCCCCUCGUCACCCUCUUCGACGUCCUCUGGGCGCUCCACGCCGUGCUCCACGAACCGCUCGCCGAGGCGGACCUCUUCAACGUCUUGAUGGACGAGCGCGCGCGGGCGGCGGUCGCUGCGGCGUUCCAGGCGCGGUGCGGGACGGAGGAGGAGCGUGCGCGCGGCGCGAGGCGGGUCGACUUCCUGAUGGGCGAGGUCGUGAUGGAGGGCGUGCGGCCCGUCGAGCGCGGCAUGUGGGAGGUCUGCACGAGG